CUGCAUUGUUCCUGCUAUUCCUUUAUCUCAAAUUGCAGGAAACUAUAGCUUCUUAGCUAUCCAUUCUCGCCAUUCAAACCUUAGUCUGAAUGUUGAGGUUCAUGUCAAACUUGCUAUACCAAAUCCAAAAGUGGAGCAUGAUGGAAAAAACUUCUCCACGGUCAUUGAAAAUAAUAAAAAGGUCUUUGAAGAGGACCUGUUAAAAAUUGGCUCUGUAGUCUGAAUAUUGGAAGAAAAAUGUGUCAAGCUAAAUGAAGAGAAGGAAAAAAUUGAGCAAACUAUGAAAAAAUUGCAAGAUUCUACAGAACUAUAUCCAUUUGGUCUCGAAAAUCAGUUGUCCUCGAAAGAGGAAGUGAUGGAGAAUAUAGAAAAGAUGGGUAACUCUGCUGCUGCGGUUCUUUGCAUUAUUUCUAGGGGAAUUCCAUUCCAAGAGCCAGAAAAUCAUUUAAUGAAAGACACAAUAGGAGUGGUUGCUCUACUUGGAAGAGUUCGACCUCAUUGCAGCCAGCUGAGCAGGAUACUGUCAGAAUACUUGGGUGCAGAUCAAAUGCUUGCUGUUGUCAUUAGAUCUUUCGAAACUGUUGUUCUUUUAGAAAGGUAUAAACAAACUGGAGAAGUUGAUCACAGCCAUGCUAUUCAUGAAGAAGUAGCCAUUCUUGGCAAAUCUAUAAAUGGUCGAUUUCUUGUUAUAUGCUUUGACAAUAUAAGGUGACAUCCAAAGCUUCUUAACUACAAUUAAUUUAUUGACACAAGAUAAUCUCUCCUUUCUUAUCAAGUACAAAGUUGGAUCAUCUUAGAAUAUGAAGAUUUACUCAGAGGACUAAUAUUCCUUAUUGUUUGGCAGUCCAUUCAGAGGUAUCUUGUAGUUUAUGGCCAUCUUAGUCAGUAAUUACUAUAUGAAUGGACAAUUUAUAUCUCACUAUAUUCUUUUUGGGCUAUUUGGUAUUUGGACAAAUGUUUUAAGUGUUGUUGACAGUUGUGUAUACUGAACCGUAUCUUAUCAUUGUUAGAUUAAGCAAUCACUCUUUUAGACACAAUGGUUCUAUAUUUCAAAUGGUAUAGGCUUACCUGGUACGAUUAAAAUAGGACCUUGAGAGUGUUAAGCUUGGUAUAGAUCACAUCAGUGACCCAUCUAUGUGGUAUCUUGAUGAGUAGGUCACAUCAUUGUGCCCCA